AUGUCUGCAAUCUUUGCAUUUGGCCUUGUUGGAGGUGUUAAGCACUCUGACUGGGAUCCACCUUUCCUCCCGCAUCACAUUUUAGCAUUUCUAUUUUUUCAGAGGAUACAAAAGCGAAAAACGAUCUCCUUUCCAAAGACACGCUUUUAUUUCUGGUCGGCGUCCCUAUCACACUUCCACGCGUCCGGGGGAUUUUUGUUGAAGGCGAACAACCAUGGGCUGCUGGUAACAAGCCCGGAGACGAGCCCACAACCCCGGGUAUAUUUUCAGACACCGGCCGGCACUACAGAAGAACCGGAGACUCCGUCAGAAAACAGGGACGUGGUUACCGUCAAAUACGACCGUAAGGAGCUGAGAAAAAGAUUGAACCUAGAGGAGUGGAUUAUCGACCAGUUAACGGACCUUUACGACUGUGAGGAGGAGGCCAUUCCAGAGCUGGAGAUUGAUGUUGACGAAUUGUUGGACAUGCCUAGUGAUGUCGAACGGGCAGCAAGAGUCAAGGAUUUGCUUGUUGAUUGUUUUAAACCCACUGAGGACUUUAUCUCAGCAUUGUUGGACAAAAUCCGAGGAAUGCAGAAGCUGUCUACACCUCAGAAGAAAUGAUGCCAGCUCAGCCCAGCCUUGUUGCUCUGCUCUUGUUAAUUCCUUCUGGCCUUCUAAACCAUGUGCCCCCAUUGUGUUCUCCUUUCAGUGGCCUCAAUGCUCAUGCUGCAAAAGUCACGUGUCCAUUUUUACG